UUGCAGUGUUGUUAAACGGACGCACUUCACGGGCCCCCAUGACCACCUCCAGAGUGGCUACUGGAAGACUCUUUCUACGCAAGAAGACCCUGCACUUCUCCUUCCUGCUGGAGAGUGGAGCCCCUCCACCUGCCUCCAUCCAGUUCAUGAGUGGCACUGGGGACAUACUGGAACAGCUGGAGGCUCAGCCCACACCUUACGAGGCUACCAACAACAGGAUAUGUGGAGCCUGGACCAGGGUGCCCAAACAAUACCGAGCAAUGCUGUUAGACGAAAAGAUGUGGGUUGCAAUAUCCCCUCCUGAUGACUCCCAAGAAGAUACAAUCAGCGGGCAGUUAGCACGUUAUGUAGGGGUGGACACCGAGGUGUUCUCUGCUCUCCUCGUUCCUGUAUCUACUGCUAACCAGACCCUUGGAGGAGGUGGCACUGCAAUCAUCUCUGUGGACCGUAAGACAGACUCUCUGCAUGUAAGUCUCGUCUUUAAUGGGAUAUUCGCUGAAAGGGAAACUCACAAUGCCACACUUGUAGUGGAACUGCUGCCGGAACGUGGCCUCGACCCAGUAACAGACUCUGUUGUCCUGCCCAAGGUCUUCUCGGAUGUGAAUCGGGCCGAAAUAAUGACUACUCUAGGAGACAGAAGUCUCAUCCGACUGACCCGUGGCCAGGUGGCCAUGAAAGUGUGGAGUAAGGCUGCUCCAGAGCUGGCCCUAGAGGGCACGAUCACUCCCCGGGCCACCUGUAAUGUCUUCUCUGCUGUACUAAGUAUACCAGUGCCAGACGCUGAGAAUGAUGAAGCUUCAGUAAGGACAUAUGUGUCAUCACCUCAUGGCGCCGGUUGGGCUCUUCUAACACUUUCCAAUAAUGGUACUUUCCAGUAUCAGGUGUUUGUAAAAGGUUUUGAUGUUGCUUCUCUUACCCUGGAGACCAAGAAUCGACGAAGAGAUCGGAUUGUUGACAACCUAACUCCAUUCUAUCGUGACAGUUGGGCUAAUGGUUCCUAUGACAAACCCACGUAUAGUGAUCUUGAUGCCCUGCUACGUGGGAAAUUGGAGAUUGUAGUGAGUGCUGGGGAGAAUGAUGAAGAACUUCGUGGGAUGUUGAACCCGUUAGCAGUAACAGAAGCUUUACGAUCGCCACAGCCUGUUCUGUUAUCAUCUCCUGAAGUGCCUAUGGCAGCAACUGUGUGGGUGGCAGUAGACUCUGCUUGUGUCACUCACUAUGAUGUGAUGGUUGCCGGACAGCCUCCAGGUGGGGCUGUCGAGCCUUUCUGGAACCUAAUUCUUCGUGAAAAUGACGAGUCGUGGGACCCACGGCACGAAAAUACACAGGUGGACCUUGAGACACAGGUUGAAGGUCGUGAACUUUUUGCUCAUUCAACCCAACUGAGUCGAUUGUCCCUCUCCCGCCUGGGAGCUGGAGUGUCCUACUUAGACCUAGUCUUGCUGCCUCAUGAAAACAACUCUGCUCAACAGCCUUCUCUCAGUGGCCUUGUGCAGGGUGUCUCCAUUCCUUCCAACUGCCUCUUGGGUUCAGAUCAUCAUGAAGUUAUUAUUCCUGACAGAGAUAGUGAUGAAUGUUUCUAUGGAAACUGUGUAUUACAACCAGCUGAUCCACCGCCCAUUAACAACAAAUGUAUCGAUGAAGACAAGCGUGUGUUCGAGGAUGGAAGCAGCUGGCAGUCUCCUGCGAAUGUGUGUUCCAUGUGUAUGUGCACCAGAGGAAACAUCAUCUGCCAGGAUGUAGUGUGUCACAAAGUCGAGUGUGAGGAUGCUUACACGCCUCCUGACCAGUGCUGCCAGGUGUGCCCAGGUGGUAAUGCUGUUUCAGAAGAAAAUAAAAUGUGUGAGCUAAAUAAUCAAAAGCAAUUCUUGGGAGCAAAAUGGCAUCCUUUCCUUACCCCAAAAGGCUUUGACAAGUGUGUCUCCUGCGCCUGUGUGCUGAAUUCUAAUGGACAACCAGUGGUUAACUGCUCUCGGUUCCCUUGCCCACCCCUUCUCUGUGGUCCUGAUGACAUGGAGCAGCAGCCAGAUUCUUGCUGUGCUAAAUGCCGAACCCCUAGACCUGAGGCACCUCUGCCUACAGCCCAGCCAGGGAUGGUUAAUGAAGGAGACAUAAUGACAGAAGAGGAACAACGGAACAAUAUUCGCAGAGGAGGUGGAUGUUUAAUAAAUAAUUGGGCACUGUAUGAGAAUGGUGCCGAGUGGCAUCCUAGGUUGACAUCUAUUGGUUACUACAAAUGUGUGACCUGCAAGUGCAAGGAUAGCAAUAUCACAUGUGCCAACCAGCAUUGUCCCACUUUAAGAUGCCAAGCUAUGGUACAAGAAGAGCAAGAGUGCUGUCCUCGAUGUACUAAUGAAAACAGCACUAUUAAUCAUGGUCAUAAAGCACAGUGGCGGAAACCACACAGAACAUCUCUCAAGAAUAAGAAUAGCAACCGAAUGCGAAAUUCAGGCCAUGGGCAAGCAGUAAAUACCGGGAAUAAAUUUUAUGGUGGUUAAAAGAUAUCAAAGGUUGAAAUGUAACUGCUAUGUACUUCGGGUGUUUUUGCAGAAUAGAGGGGUGAACCAUUCUUCCCCUCUUAGUCAUUCUGAUAUUUGCUGCUGCAACUGAAAACUCUAACUCAUUAUUUUAUCUUAUGUUAUGGUUCUGGUGUAGUAACUAUCCUGUGGCCCUACUGCAGUGAUUAGCCAUGUGGCCCUGGUGUAGUAACCAUCUUUGCAGCCAUGGUCUAGUAGCUAUCCAUGUGGUCCUGGUGUAGUAACUAUUCUUGUGAUCCUGGUGUAGUAACUAGCUAUGUGGCCCUAGUGUAGUAACUAUGGUUCUAGUGUAGUAACUGUUCUUUUGGCCCUGGUGUAGUAACUAUUCGUGUGACCCAGGUGUAGUAACAUGCUGUAUGGCCCUAGUGUAGUAACUAUUUUUAUAGUUUAGUGUAAUAACUAUCCUUGUGGCCCUACUGUAAUAACUAACUUAUGGCUUUAGUACAGUAACCAUCAUUUUGGCCCUGGUGUAGUAACUAUUCUUGUGGCCCUGGUGUAGUUAUUAUCCUUGUAGCUCAGAUGUAAUGGCUUUCUGUGGUCCAUGUGUAGUAACUAUUCUUGUGGCCUUAGUGCAGUAACUAUCCUAGUGGUGCAGGUGUAGUAACUAUCUUUGCAGCACUGGUGUAGUAACUAUCCUUGUGGCACUGGUGUAGUAACUAUCCUUGUGGCAUUGGUGUAGUAACUAUCCUUGUGGCACUGGUGUAGUAACUAUCCUUGUGGCACUGGUGUAGUAACUAUCCUUGUGGCCUUAGUGUAUAACUAUCCUUGUGGCCCUGGUGUAGUAGCUAUCCUUGUGGCACUGGUGUAGUAACUAUCCUUGUGGCCCUGUAGUAAAUAUCCUUGUGGCCCUGAUGUAGUAACUAUCCUUGUGGCACUGGUGUAGUAACUAUCCUUGUGGCCCUGGUGUAGUAACUAUCCUUGUGGCCCUGGUGUAGUAACUAUCCUUGUGGCCCUGGUGUAGUAACUAUCCUUGUGGCCCUGGUGUAGUAACUAUCCUUGUGACCCUGGUGUAAUAACUAUCCUUGUGGCCCUGGUGUAGUAACUAUCUUUGAUAAAGUAUGAUGGUAAGAUGGAGUCAUGAAAUGGGACAGUAAGAAAAGUCUCAGGUUCUGAAUGCAAACUAGGGUUUUGGCUUCUAAAAAAAAAAAAAUACUUUAAAACAGGCAGACUCCUGAACAAAGAGCGAAACAUUCAAAGUGUACAUUCAAGCCUCACUUUGUUCAAUGGGCAGAGAUACAAAUGGCUAAAGAAUGCAGACAUGCCAUAAAGUCUUGAUGUUAGAAUGGCUCAGAUGCAGACAAGCCUGAAGUUCUUAGCAGUGUUAAGGAUGCAAACAGGCCUGUAGUCUUUCAAGAAAGGCUGAUGGAUAUUGAUGGGUCUGAAAUCCUAGAGCAUUUUAAUAUGUCACAGGAUGUAGACAUGUCUGAGGUCCCAACAAAGGGCCAAACUGUGUGGGACCUGAGUUGUUGAGCUGCUGCUGAGGUAGGACUGGUAUCUUCCUGGUGGAGGAUAUUUUCAAACAAACUAAAAUGCAGCAUCCUACAAGAAUAAUGGAGGAAUUUCUUUUCUUUUUUUUUUUUUAUUUUUUUUUUGUAAGUAAGAUGGUCAUUUUUUUGAAGCAAACAUUUUUAUACAUUGAAUGUAAGUGUGAUGCCAGUAGUACAUAAUAUGAUUUUCAAAUUGAUUGUAAGUGUAUUCUUGCAAUGAAUGGUUACUAACAUGAGGAUAAUUUUUACCAUCAAAAAUAAUACAUGUACAGAAUUUUUUAUUGCUCCUAAUGCAUUAGGAAUGGAUUAUUGUAGUAGUGACCUGCGAUAUUUUAUACCAGUGCACCUAGUAAGGAGGCUUGGCUUAUAGUAGCAAGAAAUAAAUUAUAUAAAUUAUCUUAUUCUGACCACCAUGACUGAUUCCUUUCUACCCCCUCGGCAGCAUGCUGUCUAUGGUACCAAAGAUGACGGGUGUUUCUAAAUCUGAUUUUGAGUAGCUACAGAAUAUUGAUGUAUUGGUGAGGAGAUCAGCAAUUAUGAUGCCAUAUGACUGUUCAGAUGGCUAAGUUUUUAUUUGUAUGAAAUACUGGCUUUCUGUGAUGUGCAGUUACCUCUUCCUUUACAGAUAUGAUGACAUGUCAGGAAUUUCCUGUUAAAAUUAUUUUAUAUAAUAACUUAGCAUGUUUGCAGUUGUUAAAUCUUUUAUAAGAAAAACAUUAAAUAUUUAAGGCACAAAACCAUGAAUCUCCUCACUCUUACCCCUCUCUUCUUAUUUUGUAUCUGGUGGGCAGAACUCGCUUUUUAAAAUGCUGAUCGAGUUCUUACUCCAAGCUCAAUUCUAAGCUGAUAAUGUAGGUUACUAAAGUCAUGUUUUGAAGUGCUAAGGGUGAUCACUUCUCAUGUGGUGCAUUUUAUUCAAACUGUGGAGGCUACUGCUUCUAUUCAUAGGGUGAAAAAAGUAUAUGUAGUAUAUAUCUUCAUUAGAAUGAUGUGUUGUGAAUCAAGUUUUUUGAUGGCAGCAGGGUCUGAUUCAGUCUUUGAGGCUAACAGUGAUAAAGAGUAAAUAAUCUUAAGUUCUGACAGUUGAAGAAAAUUUGGUUCAUGGUGUGAAACAGACCCUGAUGUAGUAGGAAGAAUAAUAUUUUUGUAAAAAAUGUAUAUACAUUAUUAUAGUAUUAGCUAUUUUGUGACUAGAUAUUGCUUUACAAUUCUAUGCAUGUUCGGGAACCAAUGCAGCCCCUCAAAACAGUAUUCAAUAAGAUUAUUCUUCACUGAAUUACAAAUGUUAAGCUCACUUCCCCAAUAUGCAGCAAUGUGUCACCUAUGGAUAAGUGCAAACUUUAAAGCAGUCAGCUGCAGAGUAUUAACUCUAAGGAUUAGAUAAAGAAAUCUGGAGUUGCAGGCAAUAAAUUAGAAUACCAAUUAGAUUUUUCUUAUACACCUGUCCCUCACUUUAUGUGGGUUCUUUAUAUAUGAUUUUGCAUAUAUGCUGUAACCCUAUUUCUACCAGGAAUCCGCUAUAUGCAGUAAAAAUUCAUUCUUAUGCGAUUGGAAGGAAUGGUCACUGUGUGUUUUCAUUUAUAUACAAUCAUUUGAGUACAGCAUCACUUGAUAUUUAACCAAUAUUGCAUUAAAUAUGUCAUGUGUUGAAGGCAGUGGUGUGAUGGAUGUUGUUGUGUCAUGUCAGGCACCUCACCCACUAAACAUGUCCAGGACACAUGAGCCUCUGUCCUCUUCCACCACUGGUAAUGCUGACGGAGUGAAGGAGGCAGUGAAUGACAUGGCCGCCAGUCCAGGAAAGGCCACCCUCCUGGGGUAACAACUGACCACACCUCUGAUCCCUGUUCUCUCCCUUUAGCUAGGGCUGGGACCUUCAUGGCUCCCAGGAUGCCCACCCAACAACCCUUCUCUUUCCCCCAGAUAGCCAACAGCUCACUCUCUACCACAACAUUAGAACAUGGAAAAUGUGAGGCCUUCAUACAUACAUGAAAUGAACAUUCACAAAGUAUGAAAGAAUGAUAUAUGUAGUAUGUGGAAUUAGCAAGGUUUCAUUAUGCAUCCCAAUCUAUUAUAUGUUAAACUGGGCUCACUUUAUGUGCCAUCAGCUAGGAACAUGUCUACCACAUAAAAUGAGGAAUGGGUGUAUGGGUAUAUCUUGAGGCACAUAAAAAUGAUGCAUCAAUGAACACUGACAUGAAAUGAGUUGCAUUUUCAUAAAAUGUUUUUAAGGUAUUAAUAUUUAUAAUAGAGCCAUGUUAUUUUCAGACUUAAAAAUGUUAAGUCUACUCAUCCUUGGAUACACAGUUCUUGUUCUGUUCUGAUCUUAUUAUCCCAGAGUCAUGCCAUGCAGUUCUUCAGUGACUGAUGAUGUUAGUUGACCAUUAUUUAUUUUUUUCAUUUUUUCGCAUUUACCCAUAGGCUACAUAAUAUAACAUAUAUUACAACUUUUUUAAUCUUGAUAUUUGACUUAAAAUGUUAACAGCAAAGUACUUGGAUAUUUGUCACAGUAUUGAUGACCCUCACCAACAAUAGUACACACUAGUGAUCAGUUAUAUCUUACAGUAUAGUAACAUUGAUUAUGCAAUCUCCUUUAACCCAACCUUGCUUUGAUGGAGCCAGCCAGGCUAAGUUACAAUCUGUAGUUGAUGCAGAUUAUUAUAAUAAUAAUGGAGAUGCACUAAACCUGUAGGGAUCAUACAGCUCCUGGGAAACAGAAAGGUGAUUAGUUUGGUCUGAGGAAGGGGAGGAUAGCUCCAAUAAUUUGGAUCAGGAGUCCUUCACUAGUAUCAAAGCACUCCCCUUGAAAGUGAUUAUUGUAGAACAAUUGAAUUUUGGCUCAUAAAAUUGUAAUAACACGAUUGCAAACAAAUCACAGUUAGAUGAAUCAUAUUAGACCCAGCUGGCCAUGUUGUUAGCACACUGGCCAGUGAGUUUUAGGACUCUUCUGCCCUGAGUCUGAGCCUCACCCACUCUGAAAUUUAAUUAAAUUUUGGUUUGCUUUUAGUUUAUCUGACCACUUAAAGGAAGCAGCUGUCAGCAUCCUGGCUCACAUGAGCAGAUUUCUGGUCAGUAAUAUACUACUAGGCUUGGAUUUUCCAGUGAUUCCACUGCAGUAUAUGCAUUUUUAAACAAUUUACAGAAUGCUUCAUAUUUAAAUAUUGUCUUUACAGUACAAUUUAUUGUAUCAUAAUUAGUGGUUUUCUGAUCACACAUGGCAGCUUAUUAGGUGAAAAAAUAUUUUAGCAAAAUGGAAGGAAAGGUUUAAAAUGAGUAAAUAAUUAUUUUAAUUAUUAUAUGUAAUCUGCUUAUUAACUUUGGUAAACUUUAGUAAUACUUUCUAGGUAUACAAGAAGGUAAACUUUAGAAAUACUUAUUAGGUAUACAUGAAGGUAAACUUUAGAAAUACUUCCUAGGUAUACAAGAAUGUAAACUUUAGUACUGUAAUACUUCCUAGGUAUAUUUACCAAUGAAACAAAGUGUAGUAUAUGAUUUUAAAGGAAGACCUUAAAGAGGUCACUUAUCUAUCACCAUUUAGAACGGAACAGCAAAUCUGGAGUCACUGCAGAUUAAAUUGCUGAAAUUUAUCACACACAAAGUGAUGAAAAUCUGACCACAAAGAAAUAACAGAAGAAAGUAUAGCUUUUGACUUAGUUCUCAUGCAUGUGAAAUAUACUGGUACACCACUAAAGUCAGUAGUGUUGCCAAUUGGUGACGGGUGUCUUAGAAGAAAAUAAAUGUUUGAAAGUCAAAAAAAAGGUAAAAAUAACAAAUUUGUAAAAUUUCAAAUUAGUGACUGAUUAAUGGAUGCUGCUAUUAUUGUAAGCCAUAAGUAGCUGAUGAAGGAAUGCUGCACCUAAUGUAGUCAAAAAGUACAGGAAACUUAACAAGUGUAUACUGCCAUGAUAGCGUAAAUUUGAAAUACAGUACUGUAUAUGAGCUCUUAGAAUUACAGUCUUCAAAUAUUUAAAUAGAAUUGAUGAAUAUUUGUGUUGAUGAGAAGUAAUUUGGCAUUAUUGUAUGGUCAAACUACGAUGCACUAUUUGGGUAGUCACUUGACCUGUAGUGAAUUCCAAUGCAGUAAUGCUUAUGAAUAAAAAACAAACUGAUAAAGUUUUUCUUGUUUCACUGUCAGUCAAACAUGAAAAGGGUACAGUAUAGUGCAUAUUGUAUUACAGCAUUCAUAAAUAAUUUCAUAAGAAAUUUUAUUGGUUAAAAGAAUUAGGCUUUGGGGUUAUUUAGGAAUAUUCUUGUAUUUAAAAUGAUACACGUGCCAUAAUUGAUAGUUGAAGGUAAGUUAUGUCACUUGGCUGGGAUUGUCAUCAUCAUCUCUCCAGGCUAGGCAAAUUAUAUGGAACUGAAAGGCAUUUUAAGGUAAAUUCUAUGAAUACUAAAGUCCCAGAUCAACAUAAUUUUAUAAUCAUGAUUCAUCAGCAAAGUUGAUUCUCAAGAAAUAAAAUUAUCAACUUCUCAAUCAUUAGUUCUGCCAGCAUAUUGUAGUGUACAAUAUAGCUCAUAUAGGCUUAGUGUUUUUUACAACACUGUAUUCUUCAAUCCCCGUUUAGCUGAUGGUGAUGUGAUGUUUGAAGCAGGAAGUGUUAGCAUGCAGCAGGUUGUAGCACAAGAGUGACCCAGGAGAGUUGCAUGGAAACAUGGGAGGAGUACCUGACUGUGACAAAAAUGGGUAAUUUCUAAGUACUUAGUUUUUCAAGAGGCUUUUCUUUUUUUCAUGUGAUUAUAGACCCUAUAUCAAUAUUGUAUUAUGCAAAACUCAUAGUUGCUGAUCUUCUCUUAAUUUGAGGAUAUGAUUAACCUUAGAUAGGGAGGCUUAUGGUAAAGGUAUAAACCAUUUAGCCUUUCUCACACACAUUGACAUUAACCUAAGAAACACACUCAUUGACAUUAAACUAAGAAACACACCUAUUGACAUUAAACUAAGAAACACACCCAUUGACAUUAAACUAAGAAACACACCCAUUGACAUUAAAUUAAGAAAACUGUUGGAAAUGCAUUAAUCAUUGACAUUUGUGAUAGGUGAAUGCUUUUGUGGUCAUGGCAAUUCUCCUGUGAAUAAUCAGUUUAAAAUUUAUGUAAUGUAUUUAGAAAUAUCUUCAGUCAAUUAAAAGAGGAUGCAGCCUGGACCGCUUUUGAUGGUGACCUUUAUGAAUGCUGGAAGGUCUUUUUUUGCAGGGUAUAUUGCUAAGUUAUAUUAUAGGUCAAGAUUAAGUGAUGCAUUUGCGAAAACUGGCAUUUUCAUAUAAAAUUGUAUGAUAACUAAUCAUUUAAUUUAUUUAGCUCUUUCUUUCCUAUUAAUGGUAGGCAAUUUAGUUUUCCAUUAUAGUUUCAGUAUUUGUAUCUUGUCUAAUGUAAAUAAAAGAAAAAAAGAAAAUACACUAGUGAUAUCUUCUCAAGCUAGUCAGUUUUUGCAGAUAAUUUUUAUUAAAAGCAUGAUGAGAACAUUCUCAAAAUAUUUUGCAAAAAAAAAAAAAAAAAAAAAAUACAA